GCAGGCGUUGCCUCUGCGCUUCCGGGCGCCUUUCAAGGUGAGCCAGGGUCUCCGAGAACCUACUCCCUACUCCUCAAUCCCUUUUCCCGAAUCAAACCAUCCCCCGCAGCUCGCAGCCGGCUAAGUACCGGAGCCAGGGUGCCCAGGAGAUGGCCAGGUAGCCACCAGAGGAGGCAGAGCUGUCCGGACGUGUGGGUCCCGGCGAGGCCCACCGGACGUAGACCCCGCGACCCUGCUUUGCUGCGCGGGGUAGGUCGUGACUCUGGUUGGUCUCCUGGCGAUCCUGGCCUUCCAGAAGCGGAGCGUGACUCCUCCCCUUGGUCCUCUUGGUCUCCACCAGGCGGCGCCGUCAUUCCGGCCCAGGUUCCCUUGCGCUGCGAGCCCUGGGCACCCCAGGGGUGUUGAGAUUGGCAAGGAGCGAGGCGGAGAAAUGAGCUGUCAGAGAGCAGUGUACCACUUGAAAUAAGUUUCCCUCGUGGACUGUGCUUUUCAUCAUUAGAAUCUCCUGGAGUACAUGUGCAAAUCCCUAUGCUCCACCCCGAAAGAUCCCGAUUCAGUAGAUCUGGGGCGGGGCCUGGAAAUCAGCAUUUUAAACGGCUGCUCCGGGUUGAUGCCCAUAAUCUGCGGACCUCACCUUCAGAAACACCGGUGUAACUGGUGGAGAGGAACAUUGCAUUGGGUUGGCUAUGGGGCUGUUUAUCUUAUGGAAGGCUUCCAAGAGGAAGUGAUUCUAGCUUGGCUUUGUAUUGAGGGACCAGAAAAUCCAUUGGUUCUUUACCCCACAGUGAUGAACUCCCUGCCCGCUACCAGCAGGAUGCAGAAGAUCUCAGUACUGCUCUUCCUGGCCUGGGUCGGCUUCCUCUUCUACGCUGGCAUUGCCCUCUUCACCAGUGGUUUCCUGCUCACCCGUUUGGAGCUCACCAACCGUAGCAGCUGCCAAGAGCCCCCAGGCCCUGGGUCCCUGCCAUGGGGAAGCCAAGGGAAACCCGGGGCCUGCUGGAUGGCUUCUCGAUUCUCUCGGGUUGUGUUGGUGCUAAUAGAUGCUCUGCGAUUUGACUUUGCCCAGCCCCAGCGCUCACAUGGGCCUGGGGAACCUCCUGUCUCUCUGCCCUUCCUGGGUAAACUGGACUAUUUGCAGAGGAUCCUGGAGAUUCAGCCCCACCAUGCCAGGCUCUACCAGUCUAAGGCUGAUCCCCCCACCACCACCAUGCAGCGCCUCAAGGCCCUCACCACUGGCUCACUGCCUACCUUUAUUGAUGCUGGCAGUAACUUUGCCAGCUAUGCCAUAGUGGAAGACAAUCUCAUUAAGCAGCUUGCCAGUGCAGGAAGGCGUGUGGUCUUCAUGGGAGAUGAUACCUGGAAAGAUCUUUUUCCUGGAGUUUUCUCUCAAGCUUUCUUCUUCCCAUCUUUCAAUGUGAGAGACCUGCACACAGUGGACAAUGGCAUCCUGGAACACCUCUACCCAACCAUGGACAGUAGUGAAUGGGAUAUGCUGAUUGCUCACUUCCUGGGUGUGGAUCACUGUGGCCACAAGCAUGGCCCUCACCACCCUGAAAUGGCCAAGAAACUUAGCCAAAUGGACCAGGUGAUCCAGGGACUUGUGGAGCGUCUGGAGAAUGACACACUGCUGGUGGUGAUUGGGGACCAUGGAAUGACCAUGACUGGGGACCACGGAGGGGAUAGUGAGCUGGAGAUCUCAGCUGCACUUUUUCUGUACAGUCCCACAGCCCUCUUUCCCAGUGCCCUACCACAGGAGCCGGAGAUAGUUCCUCAAAUCAACCUUGUACCUACGCUGGCCCUGCUGCUGGGCCUGCCCAUUCCAUUUGGGAACAUCGGGGAGGUAAUGGUUGAGCUGUUCUCAGUGGUUGAAGACCCCCAGCCUCACUCCUCUGCUCUGGCCCAAGCCUCAGCUCUUCAUCUCAAUGCCCAGCAGGUAUCCCGAUUUCUUCACACCUACUCAGCUGCUGCUCAGGACCUUCAAAUUAAGGAGCUUCAUCGACUGCAGAACCUCUUCUCCAAGGCCUCUGCUGACUACCAGCGGCUUCUGCAAAGCCCCCAGGGGGCUGAGGCAGCACUACAGACUGUGAUUACUGAGCUGCAGCAGUUCCUGCGGGGAGUUCGGGCCAUGUGCAUUGAGUCUUGGGCUCGUUUCUCUUUGGUUCGCAUGACAGGGGGUGCUGCUCUCAUGGCUGCUGCCUGUUUUCUUUGCUUGCUGGUAUCCCAGUGGGUAACAUCCCCAGGCUUCUACUUCUGCCCCCUCCUCCUAACACCCAUGGCCUAUGGUCUGGCUGGUGCCAUAGUGUGUGCUGGACUCCUGACAGCUACCGGACUGAAGCCGGAUCCAGUGGUCCUAGGGGCCAUGGCUGCAGUGGGCUCACUCCUGCCUUUUUUGUGGAAAGCGUGGGCUGGCUGGGGGUCCAAGAGGCCCCCAGCAGUCCUACUGCCCAUCCCUGGGCCUGUUCUGUUAUUCCUGCUCAUUCGUUUUGCUGCUUUCUUCUCUGACAGUUUUGUUGUAGCUGAGGCCAGGGCCACCCCCUUCCUUUUGGGCUCAUUCAUCUUGCUCCUGGUUGCCCAACUUCACUGGGAGGGCAAGCUGCUGCCACCUAAGCUUCUCACAAUACCCCGCUUUUACCUUUCGGCCUCAACAGGCCCGCCACGGCACAAUGGUACACAUGCCCUGGGACUUGGAGUUGGGUUGCUUUUAUGUAUAAGGCUAGCUGGACUUUUUCAUCGGUGCCCUGAAGAGACACCUGCUUGCCAUUCCUCUCCCUGGCUGAGUCCCUUGGCAUCCAUGGUGGGUGGUCGAGCCAAGAAUUUGUGGUAUGGAGCUUGUGUGGGGGCUUUGGUAGCCCUGUUAGUUGCUGUGCGCCUGUGGCUUCGCCGCUAUAGUAACCUCAAGAGCCCCGAGCCCUCUGUGCUCUUUGUGCGCUGGGGGCUGCCCUUAAUGGUACUAGGCACUGCCGCUUACUGGGCAUUGGCAUCAGGAGCAGAUGAAGCACCCCCACGUCUCCGGGCCCUGGUUGCUGGAGCAUCAGUUGUGCUGCCCAGGGCUGUGGCAGGAUUGGCCGCUUCAGGGCUCGUGCUGCUGCUCUGGAGGCCUGUGACAGUGCUAGUGAAGGCUACAACAGGUGCUCCAAGGACCAGGACUGUCCUCACUCCCUUCUCAGGCCCCCCAACUUCUCGCGCUGACCUGGAUUAUGUGGUUCCUCAAAUCUACCGACAUAUGCAGGAGGAGUUCCGGGGCCGUCUAGAGAGGACCAAAUCCCAGGGCCCCUUGACUGUGGCAGCUUAUCAGUUGGGGAGUGUCUACUCAGCUGCUAUGGUCACAGCUCUCACCCUUUUGGCCUUCCCACUUCUGCUUUUGCAUGCAGAACGCAUUAGCCUUGUGUUCCUGCUUCUGUUUCUGCAGAGCUUCCUUCUCCUGCAUCUGCUUGCUGCUGGGAUAUCCAUCACCACCCCUGGUCCUUUUACUGUGCCAUGGCAGGCAGUUUCUGCCUGGGCCCUCAUGGCCACACAGACGUUCUACUCCACGGGCCACCAGCCUGUCUUUCCAGCCAUUCAUUGGCACGCAGCCUUCGUGGGAUUCCCAGAGGGUCAUGGUUCCUCCACCUGGCUGCCUGCUCUGCUGGUGGGAGCCAACACCUUUGCCUCCCAUCUCCUCUUUGCAGUAGGUUGCCCAUUGCUUCUGCUCUGGCCCUUCCUAUGUGAGAGUCAAGGACCUCGGAAGAGGUGGCAGCCCCUAGGGAGUGAAGCUGAAUCCAGAGUCAGGCCUGAGGAGGAGGAGGAGCCACUGAUGGAGAUGCGGCUCCGGGAUGCGCCUCAUCACUUCAAUGCAGCACUGCUGCAGCUGGGCCUCAAGUACCUCUUUGUCCUUGGUAUUCAGAUUCUGGCCUGUGCCUUGGCAGCCUCCAUCCUCCGCAGGCAUCUCAUGGUCUGGAAGGUGUUUGCUCCCAAGUUCAUUUUUGAGGCUGUGGGCUUCAUUGUGAGCAGCGUGGGACUUUUCCUGGGCAUAGCUUUGGUGAUGCGAGUGGAUGGUGCUGUGAGCUCCUGGUUCAGGCAGCUAGUUCUGGCCCAACAGAGGUAGCCUAGGCUGCAAGUGCUGGCUUUGUGGCCACAGGGAGAGCUGAAGAACAAUCUCGCCUGGCCUAUACAGGUGCUGGAUCAUCUGCAAGAGAGGCUUAGCCACACUUCUUACCACCAUGCAGCCAGGAGCUACUGACAUCUGGGACUUCGUUAUUUUAUAAUUCAAAAUCAUAGUGGGGCAUGGUCCCUAACUCCUGCUUUGAAUGCAUCUAAGGGACUGGAGGGUGGUCUCCAAAGUAGAAUAAAAUAAUAAUGUAAAUAUGUGUGUCUGAGAGGUAGGGGAGUCCCCACUGUCCUACAGGGACUAGGAAGAGGGUCACUCUCCCCUCCUAUGAGGCACAGAUGGCAUCAGCCAUCUUGUGCAGACCUGGCUACACCUGAAAACUUUUGGGAAGUGGUUGGAGUUGUCUGAAUUCACUUCUAUUUCUUCCCAAAUCACUCCUGUUAUCCCACCGGCCUUUUUUUUUUUUUUUCCAUGUAACAUGUUUUAUUAAAUUCUUCUGCUAAUAGCAGAGAUGGCUGAAAAGACAAGCACAGGCAGCAUGGAGUACACAAACCCACUGUCUAAAGCCCCAAACAGUGUUGCAUUCCCUCCUCUGUUGUGUUCUUUUGCGCUAGAACACCCUUUGCCCUUUGCUUCUGUGGAGGCCAGGAGGCCACCCUAGUUUUCCAACCUUUGCUGCCAUUUAUCAGACCUAAUUGCCCAUCUUACAUAGCAUUCCAUCUUGUCCCAUUGAUUAUUCCUGACUUGGAGCCAAAACUAUAUAAAUUUAAUGCAUGUCUCUUAUGUUCUUCAUCCACCUCACUACUAUGUAAGAUUGAAGUACUGGUGGCAAAUUCUCAUGGAAAUGUCCAUCAAAGGAGGGGGAGGGGAAGACCCUGAGGAGAAGGGUCAGGACUGGGAUUUGAUGUUUGAUAAUGCCCAGGACAAGUGAUGGUGAAGUAAAGGCAUUCACCACUGUGGCAGCUAAA